AUGGAGGAACUGUUGGAUAUGUUUAACUCCUUCAUCGGAGAGGCGCUCGAACGUGAAGAGUUGCUGAAGACGGAAUUCAAGGAGUUCGAAAGCAAGAUCAACGAAUGUGUCCUGCAAGCAAACGAACGGGGCACUCCGGUGCAGAACAAAAAACGCCCAAAGCGGCAAGCAUCCAUUUCGGAGAGCGACGAAAGCCGAGAUGAAUCGCGGGUGGUUGGGCCCGCUGGCCGAUCGUCCGCCCGACCACUGCACAUCGAGGAAGAACCGAGGAUGGUUGAAGCCUCGGUAAUGCCUCCACCGGCUGCACCCGGUGAUGUGGUUCAGAAAGCAGUGCGCCCAUCGCGAACCGCCCGGCUGAAGGCACAGGAAAGGCUGAAAGAACCAAAUCUGAACGAAAAACUUCGAAACACUAACGGGGUGGUGGUGAAGGUCGAACGCAUUUCCACUGUGGCAAGUAAUUCAAUGGCCCCAGUGGCGCGCGACACGGAACAAAGCCCCGGUCAGCACCAGUUCACCGAUAUGGAAGUCGAGAACGAUGUCAACCAAGCGAACCGCCUCUCGAAUGGGGACGAAGGAUUUGCCAGCACGAACGAAUCGGUUUCGAAGCCGCCUGUGGCCAAGCACGAAACGGGCCGUGAUUCGGCGCAACGCGACGCAUCGCUACUGGUUAUUCCUCAACCAAUUCCGAGAGUUGAACUCGUUUCCGACGAAGAAAUGCCACCGCCAAAGAUGCCGCCACCGAAAGUGCCGGUGCCCAAAACACGCACGAAGAAAAAAGCGAUCGUGAAGGUGGAGAAGGAACCGGAGGAUGUCCCGUCCAGCUCUGCCGUUUCUUCGGCCGAAUCGUCUCUCUCUAGUACCGAUACCUCGACCGCGACCACCAAGAACGAUACGGCAGCCCCUCGCCGGACCCGCGGACGACCGGCAGGGCCGAAGAAGAAUGCCACUGGCGUCCCGAACGAUCCAACGGUUACGCUUGAGCCGAUUCGCAUAAAAACCGAAAAACUGUCCAUAGCAGAAACCGAAAAGGAGGAACCACCGAGGGUGUCCGAUAAGUCGGAAUAUGAAGACGCUGUGGGGGAUAACUCUCAGUUAUCUGCAGCGAUCAUCCUGAGGCCAUUGAGAAUUGAGCUGGAGAGAAUGCCGGCGACCGAUACAUUGCCCCAACGGGUGAUGCCAGAUCAGAAUGGAACGUUUGCCGUACAGAACAGCACCUUUACGAUGAACUUGCCCACAGUCGGUGGCUCACCGGAGGUUGCGAAUGGUGCCUACACCGGACUCUGUUCGGACACGUUUUGCAUUCCCACCCAAGACGAACGACCGGGUGUGGCCGAUGGAACGUUCGUGGUGGAGAAGAGCGCUUCACCUUCCGCCGGGGCGACUUGUGCCGGGAUCACGUCCGGGGGUAGCGCUAAAGCGGCCCAUACUGCCAAUGCCAGCAUCAUGACGGAGGAUGAUUCGGUGGUAGAAAACUCGCCCAUUCAAACGGCUCCCGCAGUGCCGGUAAAGCAACCCACUCCGAAGAUCCGGGAAAUGGUACCGGCCGGAAAAUCAAAGAAACCUUCCGCCACAGCUGUGCUGAGGAAAGCCGCCAGUAGCAAUGCUAUUUCGCAGAAGCAGAACGAACUGUUUAAUCCCUGUAUUCAGAGUCCCAUCAAGAGCCGGAUCGAAGCGUUUGAGAAGUGUGCGUACACGAAGGCAACCGGCACUCCGCAGGCACAGACGAUGGGACGGGUGCAGAAAACGAUCAGCACACCGUCACUGAGAGGCACCCCGGCAGAAGUGUACGGCGCGAUCCGUUCGGCACACGCCAAACCUCUGGGAAGCGGAACCGUUUCGACACCCAUUCCGACCGCGGCCCCGAUCGUGAAGGCAGCGUCCGCCUCGAAGAUGUCUCAAAUGCAGCGUAAAGCACUGCAACAGCCGACGACCGGUGUCACCGGUGGCGGCAACCACAGUCUCUCGCGCGAACCAAGCUGGGACCGAGCGACCAACGGUACACUGUCUGCGGCCUCCUCAACCUCGUCGCUGCUGGACGAGAAGAAGAAAAAGCGCGAAGAGAAACAGCGAGUAGCCACCCAGCAGCGUGAAGCGAUGGAACGCGAGAAGCGCGAGCACGCCGAACGGUUGCUGCGCGAAAAGGAGGAAAAGCAUCGCAAAUUGCUGCAAGAGAAACAGGAAAAGAUCCGCAGUGAAGCCGCGAAGAAGGCCCGCAAGCUGGAGGAAUUUGAAAAGCGCCGCCUGCAGGAGGAACAACGAGCGCUGGCCGAUCAAAAACGCGACGAGCUGGCCCGGCAGCUCGAGCAGCAACGGAUUGAUCGCGAGCUGCUGGAGGCGGUGAAGCAGAGCCAAAUGAAGGAAAACCACGAGAUGAAGCUGCAGAAGCAGAUGUACCAGCAGAAGCUACGGCAACAGCAGCAGCAAAGCUAUCUGCUACAGCAGCAGCAACAGCAGCAGCAGCAGCUUGCAGCGGCGGCGGCCGCGAAAAAGAAAGCCACCGGAGGAGCCAGACGCGUCAAGAUGUUUACGUUCGAAAUGAUCGAAACGGACGACUCGACGGAUGAGGACGAGCCGACCGAUGCGACCAAGAAGAGCAAACGUCCACCCGUGCCCAGCUGGUGCCAGAAAACUGAAGACUACCGGAAGGCCCUCGCGAUCCAGUCGAUGGUGGAACCGAAAGUGGUCGAUCGGCUGUUCUCCGUGCGACCGAUGACGCCCGAUCUGCGGAUACUGUUCCCCGAGAUCGAUGCGCACAAGCUGAAGCGAAACUCCAGCGCUAUCUGGCGUACGCCACCGCGCUACUCGCAGCUUCCGUAGAGAAGCCCAAUGG